GUUUGGCACCGACAUCGUGUAGCCGAGAGGAGAGGAAAUGGUCCGCAGCUCGGGCGGCUGGUAGCUCCCUCCCAUAGCUGCGAUCCCUUGUUGUUCACACACACUCCAGCUCGUUUAAACAGGAACUGCGGUUCUCUCACGCGGGUGUUGUGUUGGAGGGAUCUACCGGAAUGCUAGCAGGGCACCGGAGACGGUAAACGAGUUAGAAUGGCUUCUUCGGCUCGGAAAGUCGGUAAAGUUGGCGCGAGACUUUUAGGAAGUCUUCAGCCUCUUCGCAGCAGCUUCAGGUCCUACACUCGGCCGGGUACGUCCCUUCACCAGGUGGGUCGCAGACAUCCUUUGCUCGGAAAUCCCCAGGCUGUUUUCUGCAGCACACUAGCCCCCUCCGGUGACGUGUCUCUGAAGCAUAAAUAUGGCCGUCUGGUGCUUGAGGUGCCACUGCCAUCCAGGAAAGAGAAGUGUGUGUUCUUCCUGAGGCCCAUGCUAAUGACUGUGGGAGACCUGAUUACCGAGCUGCAGAAAGAAGACUGUGGAGCUGUUGUUUCUGUUCUCUCAACAGAUGGGGAACGUGUUGCCAACACCACACUCGUCGAUACCCUGCUGGAGAAAGACUUCCAGCUUGUCAUCAAUGAGUCAUUCUACAGCAUCCGUGUUCCUGAAAAGGUGUUUCCAUCUAGAGAGCACGCCAGAGAGAUGGAGGACGUGAAACAUGUUGUGAACCUGCUGCACACGGCGCUCCACCUGCCCGAACACCACCUGCUGAAGGAGAGGCAGCUGCUGGAGAAACUGGACAGCAUCAAACAAGAGCUGUCGCCUCUUGAGAAGAUGAAGGUCCAGCUGUCGCAAAGAGCAGAGUUUCACUCCUCCAGGGCCCUCUGGACUGGGAUGGCACUGCUGUCAGUGCAGGGCGGCGCCCUGGCUUGGCUCACCUGGUGGGUCUAUUCAUGGGAUGUGAUGGAGCCUGUCACAUACUUCAUCACCUAUGGUACUAGCAUGGGGGCCUUCGCUUACUAUGUUCUCACCAAGCAGGAUUACGUUUACCCAGACGCUAAAGAUAGACAGUUUCUACGAUACUUUUAUAAAGGGGCCAGGACGAAGAACUUCAACGUUGACAAAUACAACCAACUGAAAGAGGAACUGGCACAGGUGGAGGACGACCUGAGACGUCUGAGAGGUCCAAAUCAACUUCAGCUACCGCUCGAACAGAUCCAGCCAAAGCCAUAAACUACAAAUAACCACUCAAACACAGCAAAAACACAUGUUUCAGUUUGUUUUGAUGAUUAUAACUUUGGAAUUAUUAUUCUGAGUUGGUAACAGUCCUGAUGAUGCCAUAUACUGUGCUCUUAGAUAUUCAAACACUGAUGAAUAAAGUUUGCAUUUGCUGAA